AUGCACUGUCGAGCUUUGAUCUCGCUACCGAUUCAACCCAAACCGCAUCGCCUUGCCAAUUGCGGGUCGCCAGUUGAGACAGCCGAGAGAGACAGCCGCUUCACUGUCCUGAAGGCGGCGUUGAGUGUUGGAACAGAUCAGAUGGCGUCGACAUAUGCCCUGCCCACUGCCACAACCGCACAUUCCCACACGCACAAUCAUGGCCGCUCACGGUCGCAGUAUACACCUGAGCCCUCGCCCUCGCCCUCGCCCUACGUCAAUACCAAUAUCAACGCCAACAGCCCCUUGACUGGCGCAUCUGCAGGCAAAGAAAACGACCACGGACACUACCGCUCGGAGAUGAAGGGCAGCGGACAAUUGCACGGCGCAGUGCGGUCGCCAUACGCAGAGUACAACAGCAAUGCCCAUAAUCACAAUCACAGUCACAGUCACAGUCACAGCCACGGAAACGGGCACGACAGAGUCUCUUCAAACGACUCCACCGGCACAUAUACCCUCAGGCCGUUUGCCAAUGGCGGGUCAGCAGGCAGACUGAGGGGGGAGUCUGACUUGGGACGAGCGUCGCCGCGAAAGCCUGCCUCCAAGUACGGCUUCUCACCCAUACACGAGAUGGCGCCGACGUUUCCGCCUGCCCCAUUAUCUUCAUCAUGGCUGGAGCUGCCCGAAGCGCUGACAGCGCUCCUCAUACCUCUGCCCUAUUUUCUCGCCUCCCUGGCAUUCCCACCGGCAGUCCGACGGCUCUCGAAACUGCCUUCUACACUCACAGAAGCGGUGGCGGAAAGGGCGCCAAUCGUUGAACCAUUGGACACACCAGGCGGCGAUCCGUUACUCCACGCCAUGAUUCUCUCGUCUACAACACUGCUGCUUGUCGGUGUGGUAGCCCAGAUCAACUCCAGUUUACAGCCGUUGGACAGGCGGAAAGAGCAAAAAGGCACGUUUGUCAUGAAAAAUGCGCCCAUGAAGAUUUUAAGCCACAUGUGUGGAAUCUUGCUACCUUUUUACGCUUCCCUGCAAAUAGGCGGCUCCAAGACUGCUUUGACUCUCUUGGUGGCAGCCGCUGCUGGACUUGGGCCUUUGGGACAGCGCGCAGACCAAGCAGUGUGGGAUUCCCUCUUGCAGACACUCAGAACCCGCAGGACAACCCUCGGCGCGUUACUGCUAGGUAUCACAGCCGAUGUAAUGUCUUCUGCUGACAUCAGGAGCACUGCGCUGGGCCAAGGAGCGCUUAUGUUUUCAGUCCUGCUUGCUCCUCUUCCUUUGCCAUAUGUUGGACACUCUACGUCGAUGAACGCCGAUGAAGAUUCGUACAUGCGUCCGGCCUCAAGUCAGGGGCCGUCUCACAAGCCAGUCUCACCGCUGGUCAACUCAUUCGGAAGUACAUUACUGACCAUUGUAUCCGGUCUCAUUUUGGCCGUUGUAUCCAUCUUGUACCAUCUUGCAACUUUGUCGUUUUCCACAAUCUCGCUGCACAUAGUUGGGCUUUCUCUUUCAUGCAUAGCAUCGGCGUCGGCCCUGCUGUUUUUCUCAUCCCCAUCAACCUUGCGAUCCCAGAGACACAAUGGGCUGAAGUUGGGGGCUCUUUUUAUUGCUGGUUUUGGUUUCUGGGAGUACUACCAGUCCAGUCUUGUUUAUCUCGUCUUUUUAGGGGCCUGUGCGAUAUUGGUCGGAGCCACGAUUUUCGAUGCACGGUCAUCUGCAACGUCUGCGCAUUCUCAUGGCCAUUCUCAUACUGGUCAUAAGCAUGCACACAACCACGGCCACGGACAUGACCAUGAUCACCAUCUCCAUGGAAAUCAUUCGCGACUAUCGGCUUUCCUCAUUUCUUGUGCGACGCCGGGAUCAAUCAUACACAAUGUUUUGAUUGAGAGGGAUUCGCGACGUAUAGCAUAUUUUGGCGUGCUCAACCUCAGUUUCAUGCUGGUCCAAUUCUUCUAUGGCUUCGCCACCGGCUCCUUGGGUUUGCUAACGGACAGUAUCCAUAUGCUGUUUGAUUGUGCUGGUCUCGCUGUUGGCCUGGCAGCUGCAGUCAUGAGCAAAUGGCGCCCAAAUGCUCGCUUCCCGUACGGAUACGGUAAGAUUGACACGCUGGCUGGGUUCGCCAAUGACUUGUAA